AUGAACCUCACAGAGCUUAACGCUGAGAGUAUCACGUUACUAAUAGGGGCUGCACCCUCUGAUGUAGACUUGACCGAGUCGCGCACUACUAAGGACAAUGCGACUGUUGUCAGUCUUUGUGGGGUUGCUGUGAUAAUCAUUCUCUUUCGCUUCAUUGUCAAGUUUCGCAGUUUAAAGCCUAACUUGAAGAUCGAUGACUGGAUCAUCGCCUUUGCACUGGUCCCACUUAUCGCCAUUCUGGCUUCGGCCCUAGUUGCUGGCAAUUAUGGAAUGGGAAAACAUAUCUGGCUGUCGACAAUCGGCGGCAUGGUUAAAAUGCGACAGAUUCUUUACGCAUCCUUGAUCGUAUAUCUUUUGGAACUAUUCGUUAUCAAGCUCUCUAUUCUCGCCUUCUACCGCCGUGUCUUUGGAAUGAACUAUUGGAACUGGGCUGGUGUUAUAGCAACCACUAUAUGGGCAUUCGGCAGUCUGGUUGCCAUUCUCUGCUGUCCGGCUCCCGUCUCAUACUUCUGGAACUCAACUAUUAGCACUGAUGGUACAUGGCGCUAUAAUUUCUACAACUACUAUAUCGGCAACGCGGCAGGAAACGUUGUUACCGAUGUAUUCAUUCUUUUCGUCCCAGUGCCGACUGUUUGGGGCUUGGAUGUACGAAUCACUCAGAAAAUCAGUAUCAGCAUGGUUCUGCUGUUAGGUGUCUUUGUCUGCAUUGCAAGUAUUGUCCGCAUCCAUUACCUCACAUUUCUCAAAGACGAAACCGACAUCACCUGGACAAUAAGUCAAGUCUACGUUUGGUCAACCGUAGAACCCUGCGUCGGCAUCAUCUGCGCCUCUCUACCAACCCUGAAGCCUGUCAUUCGAUCAGCCAUGAAAGCAGAGCACUUGAUGUUCUUCAAAAAUACCUCAAAGACAUUCCGCAGAUCAACCUCGAUGCACGAUUUGAGGAAUCGAGCCAAUGCAAGCCGCCACAGCAACCACAGCACUCACAGCAAGAAUAUAGCCUCUCAAAGCUCGUUUGAGGCCAAACCUGACGAUUACCCGACUAACAAUGAUAAAAUUGGGCUGACUUCGACCGUUGCACACGUGGUUCGCUCAAGGAGGGCUGGCAAAGAGCUCGAGGAAUACCUAGGCCCUAUGUUUAUUCGGGUGGAACGGGAGUUGGAGUGGACUAUUGAUCGUACAUCUUCCUUUCCGUCCGAGGGAUGA